AUGAUCGUUCAACUGUUCCUAGAUCGGCCAAAUGCACAAUACACGAAUCUCGAUGUGAUCACUGGCCGUGUCGCCCUACGGAACACCAACAGCACGAAUGUUUCAUCUAUCAUUGUCAAACUCGAGGGCGAAAGCAAAACACGGUUGAUUGCGCAGGCUCCUCAUGAGCCGAGAGAAAAACCUAAACCGGUGCUGGAGGUUCAUAAGUUAUUGUACCGGACGGCCACAGUUUGGCCAAAUCCGUCCAUGCAGAAUGAUGUAUCACAGAAGAGCUUCACAAUAGGCCCAGGCCAACAUGAGUUCCCAUUUGAGUUCAAGCUCCCGUUCAACAACGCAUGUUCUACGGCAAAUAGCUUAAGCACCAAUGUCCAAUUUUCUGGCCUCCAGGUUGAGAUUGCAAAGCAGCCUACUCGUCAUAUCAGGACGACGUUGCCGCCAUCUCUGUACUUUCCCGGAGAAGCAGAAAUCAAAUACUAUGUUAAAGUCACCGUAAACCGACCAUCGAUUCUCAAAGAGAACCCAAGGGCUAUCUCGCCAUUCAAUUUCUUCCCCAUAGAGCCGCCUCGUUCCCAGGGCGAUGGCGAAUGCUUUGCUCGGCGGCACCAUCAAUUCAACAUGGACCCUCCGCCGGCAUCGCCGACGAAAAAAGGGUCGAUUUUCUCGUUUGGGAAGAAAGAGAAGACAUUGUCAGAACCCGAACCUCCUCUCGAACCGCCGCGAUUUUCCUUCGAUAUGCGCCUCCAAAAUCCUGCCAUUGUCACAUGUGGGGAAGAGAUCCCAAUGCGAUUGCUCUUUACACAGCUAUCGGAGCGGCGGCAGCCACUUUACAUGAACAGCUUUCAGAUCGAGUUGAUCGGAUACACGAAAGUACGAGCGCAUGAUUUCAUGAGAACCGAAUCGACAUCGUGGGUGAUAUGCAGCUACAGCAACAUGGGCGUCCCGUUAGGGAGAGUUGAAGAUCCUGUUGGAACGGAGAUAGAUAUCUCGAAAGAGUACUGGCAGAAUCGACCUCUACCAAAUACUGUCGCACCAACAUUUACCACAUGUAACAUUUCGAGGUAUUACGAGAUGGAAGUUCGAGUGGGAAUUGGUUACGGCACCACCGUUGCUGGCAAGGGCGAAACCACCAUCCUUCCACUCCGGCUCCCAGUCAAGGUGUUUUCCGGCAUCCGCCCUCCCGCUGCCCUCCUGCAGGCCAUGCAAACCGACACUAUGAAACCCCAACCUACCACCACCUGGCCUAUCGAAAAGCCAUCCCUCCACGUCGAACCGCCCAAAACACACACCAUUCCACCUGGUGCAUCGUCUCUUACUGUCCCUGGGCCUUCCUCGCCGACGACCCCGAUCACACCGGGCGGUCCGUUCCACCAAGUCCCACCGCAACCUGGCGCACCGUUGCCUCCACAGAGAAGGCCGGUACCGGAUCCGAAUGCACAGUAUGAUGAGGCACCGCCGCCGAGCUAUGAGGAUGCGAUUGCACAGGAUCUACCGCCGAUCGACGGGCCGCGGCCGGAUUAUGCUCCGCCUCCACCGAAUCAGGACGACAUGUUCGCAAGCGGCAUCAUUCGAGCCUUGGGUCUGGAGCAUGAGAAAGACCAGCCGUUUGCCGUAAUUAGUUUGACGUCCCAAAAAAAUGAGAUUCAAAGCAUCUUCGUUAUCGCCACUGUCCUGGCCCUCAACUCUUUCUUCGCCCGAGAACAACAGGACGUUUCCUGCCUCCCUUAG